CCUCCUCACAAUGCUGUGAGAGAGGGGAUUGAAUUCGGAGAUUUCUUUUUAUUAUUUAUGGUAUCAAAGGGAAAGUAAAGCAAACAUUGAACCUUUCAAGAAUUUUUUUUUUAAGAAUAAGAUGAAAUCGUUUGUGUAGACUGCACGAGUUUGUAAAAUCUCUAUUUCAUUGCAUGUGCAGGAAGCCGGUGGCGAUAACAGUUUUCUCGUACUGCCAAGGCUUUGUCUGAUUGAGAGUUGUAAGGGGAAGCGUGCUCUUUUGUGUGAGGUCUGAGAUUGUUCUUUGUUUAAAAGAAAGAAAAAAAAGAGUGCUGCUGACAGGCAGUUUUUUUUUCUUUAACGUUAUUGCAGUUGCUCUUUUUAAAAUGCACUUCGUGAAGAAGUAUUUUACAGAAGGGCUGAUUCAGUUUGCCAUUCUACUGAGUUUAGUUGGGGUUAGGGUAGAUUUUGACUCUUACGUGAACAGAUACUUUCCACCUCUUCUAGAGAGCAGUUUGGGGCCAAGUUCAGUGUAUAUACAAACUCGGUUUCACAAUUUAAGGGACAAUUUAGAUGGAUGUAGUUUGCAGCGCAAAUGUUCCGAUUUGGACUACUAUUUCACAUCCAGAAGACUUUUGAAUGAAGUGAAAUCUCUCGGUACUCCUCGCUUCCCCAUUACUGAAGUACACGCGUGGUUGGUCCACACAGUUGCCAGAGAAUCUGACACUGACAGUUCGGUAGUCGUAGUAGUAAAUGGAGAACAAAAUACCAAUGAUAACGAAAACAGUGAAGGCGCCCAUAAUCAUCCAAGACAAGAGAGCAGCCAGCAUGAUCCUCAGCAAUCGGAUCAAGACCACGACACCGGGGCCUGGGUCAAUCCGAGUGGGAGCGAACUCACAAAAGAGGAUAUUGAAUUGAUUGAUAUACUUUGGAGACAAGAUGCAGCUGUAGGAGCGGGGAGAGAAGGCUUUGAGAACUGUUGUCUGCAAAGAGGCGAUGACCACACUGCCGAGGACCGGGGGGGAAAGGAAGAGCAGAACCAGGACUCAGAAACAAGCCAGCAGCCUAGUGAUGCAGAAGAGAGAGAGAGCUCAGCCUUUGAUAAUGAGGAUUUACCUCAUGGUAACCCUGAUUCCUUAUCACUUUUGCAGGGGGCUUCUCUGGAACCACAGAGUUUUUUGGGUGUUGAUGUGGAACAACGAUGGCAGGACUUCCUGUCUUUGUCUGAGUUACUGGGUAUAGAAACUGAAAAUGUUCAGCCUAUUCCUAAUACUACAAUAUCAGAAAUUGGCAUGGAUAUUUCUGAAGCCAUCAGUCAAAAUGUCAGUCUUCAUGAUGCUGCCCAGGCCUUCAGAACAAGCAAUGGAGUAACACGGAAUGAAGGCAGUCAGAAUCUUCUUCGACUGGAAUCUACUAAUUCAACACAUGUCGAUAUGCUGCUCAGUGUUACCAACCUGACAUCAGAACUAUUCCCCCUUGUUGAAAACUGUACCAGAAAUGCAUCUAACCAAAACCCCUUGUCUGGCUUUCUUGACGAGGCAGUGUUUGAUCAAAUUAAUUUAAUGGGUCUUGGUAUAGAAGGUAUGGACAACAUGGACACUCAAAUUUUAGAAGAACCUGACUCGGAUUCUGGACUCUCUCUAAACUGUAGUUCCAGUAGCCCUGGAUCCCCAAGCAGUUCAGAAGUGUCUUCCUCUUCGUCAUGCUGUGAUGACGAAGGAGCUGUGGGUUACAGCAGCGAUGCUGAAUCGGAUUCCUGGGAUGCUGUCGGAGGGGAUGAAGGAAACAGCACAUUGUGUCGUUCCCAAAACAGUAAGUGGUCUCCCAUGCAAACAGCAGACCACAUUUAUCAUAAUCACACAUACAAUCAGCCCCCAAGCCAAAAUGUUUUGGCCUCUCCUCUUCAGCAUUCUGGAUGUGGAAAACUUAAGAGCGUCAAGAGAAACUCCAGUGAAGAUAUAGACCUCAGCCGAGACGAAAGAAGAGCAAGGGCACUUCGAAUCCCGUUCUCGGUGAUGGAGAUUGUCAACAUGCCUGUGGAUGAGUUCUUGGAGCUUCUUUCCAAGUAUGAUCUUACAGAGGCUCAGGUAACCCUGAUCCGCGACAUUCGGCGCAGAGGAAAGAACAAGGUGGCAGCACAAAACUGCCGUAAGCGCAAGUUAGAUGUCAUCUCAAACCUGGGAAACGAUGUGGACGAGCUUCAGAUGCAGAAGGAGAAGCUGCUGAAGGAAAGGACCCAACAGAACAAGUCAAUCGGCACAAUGAAGCAAAAACUGAAUGAGCUGUACCGGGAUGUGUUCAGCCGAUUACGAGAUGAGCAUGGCAGGCCUGUCAACCCCAGCCAGUACUCUCUGCAGUGCAACAGUGACGGCAGUGUGUUAGUUGUGCCUCGCCAACUGAUGACAUUACAGCAGAAACCAGACAAAAAAACAAAGGACAAGAAGCACUGACAGUGCAGGAGUUGAACUGCUGGAGGUUCCCGCCCCCACGAUGCAGGGAGUAGCAUGUUGGCAUUCUAUGGCGGCUGACCCUCAGAAAAGACUCCUUUUGGUGACUUUUGUUUGCUCUAAUGCAUAGCUGCUGUUGUUUUUAAGGAGAAACAUCUUUAUGUUGCAAAAGUUACAUAAGGACGAAGGGGUUGUAUAUAUAAAAAAUAAAAGAAAGUUUAACCCUCCACUGAUUUCCCAACCCCAAAAAAUGAUAUAAUAUGGGGUUUGUUGCUGCAUGUUGUACAGGGUUAAAUAAUUUGGUUUUGGUUUUGUAUUCAUUGUGGAUUUUUCAUUUUUUAGAUGUUAUCGAUCUGUUUUUGGAAUUCUUAUGACUAAUAAUGGGCAUUUUCACCUUUAAGAGGAUUUCAAAGGAUGAAAACAAAUCUGCGGACAGAAUUACAAUCAUGUAAUAUAUGCCUUUGGACCCGCGACAACCUACAAAGAGUCUUUCUCUAAAUCUAUUUAGAACAGUAAAACCUGUAUAUUGAAAGGAAUCCCUUUGAUACAAGACCAAUUUUAGAUGGUCCAUUGAGUGGUCGAUAUAUGUUGGGCCGACAAUUUCUGAUAGCAUCAGUGUAAUAUAUCCAAAAAAAUGCAGUACUGUAGCCAGUUGACAUGAGAGAAAUCAUCCACAGUACACUAAUAAUUUACAGUUAUGUUGGUAAAUAUUACACGUUUGAUCUUUUUGUAUCUAAAAGACAACAGGAAUACUGUCUAUAUUCAUUGCCAUUAUCAUUGAUGCUUGGUUUAGUCUGAUGAGUGAGUGGUAUUUUUCUAUUUCUAAGUGUCCUUAGCUUUUGGGUAUAUAGGGAUUUAGCACUGGGAUCAAACUUUAGGAUCAAACAGUUGCAUUUAUGCACUAAUCUUUAAAAAAAAAAAAAAAAAAAGGCUUUUUUUCUCUGUUUUUGUUUCUUUAAAUAUAUACAGGGCCAUUCAUAAACAACGCACUGUAUCUGAAGAUAAAAAAAAAGUUCCCAGGUGCCGGCGCACAAUUGACCAAGCACUGCCCGGGCGGGGUAAGGGGUUAGGUCUGCUGGGGAGUCCUGUGGCUGGCUGGCAAUUCAGAACUAAGUAGGGUUGUAUAAUAAUUGGACAUUC